CCAUUAGCCUCUUCCCUCGGUUCACUUUAGGGGGGCUCUGUAUCAGCGAGGUUGGCGCACGGGACUUUUUCGGGAUAGGCUAUGUAUCAAUAACUCCUAACCGGAUAGGCCUCCACAAAGCGAAACCGCAAAAACACGCAGGCAAAACUUUGAGGCGCUUAACUGAGUUGAACGUCUGCUGCAUUUGAGCCAGAAUCCAAAACUACCAACACUGAAAACAUGCGGAGAUGUCGAGAGGAGCACAGCUACCGAUAGGAUCCCGAAGUUGGGACCUUUAUGUCAAGCAAUGAGAGAUGAAAAUCUUCAGUCAAACCCAUGAGAGGCAUAUGAAUUGUGGAAGAGCUGGUUCUCCACCCGGAUUGAAAGUGGGUUUCUUCUGAAGCGGACUGCUAAGUAAACUAAUUUAUGAGAGAACAGAGGCUAACAAAGCUGUAGAUUCUGCUGGAGAUUCCUGACCAUUGCGUCUUCGCGGCACACACUGCAUCGCAUCUCUUCUAUAUCACAAACCAUCUUCAUCAUCCCACACCCAAAGUCAUCAUGACGACCUCUUCUUUACGGCGCCAGAUGAAGAACAUCGUGAACAACUACACGGAUGCAGAGAUCAAGGUCAGGGAGGCGACCUCCAACGAUCCGUGGGGUCCUCCGACCUCGCUCUUGAUGGAAAUCGCAGACCUGACCUUCAACGUGGUGGCCUUGACCGAGGUCAUGGGCAUCAUCUGGAAGAGGCUCAACGACCACGGCAAGAACUGGCGGCAUGUCUACAAGGCCCUCACUCUGCUGGACUAUCUGAUCAAGUCAGGAUCAGAGCGAGUGACCCAGCAGUGCAAGGAGAACAUCUACGCCAUCCAGACUCUGCGGGAUUUCCAGUACAUCGACCGGGACGGGCAGGACCAGGGCAUGGGCAUACGGGAAAAGUCCAAGCAGCUGGUGGCUCUGCUCAGGGACGACGAGCGGCUCAAGCAGGAGAGAUCGCAGGCGCACAAGACUCGUGAGCGUGUGACGGGAACCAGCAGUGCCAUGGGUUAUGGAUCUUUACCACCUCCCUAUCCUGGACGUCACACCAGUCAGCCCAGCGUGGAAGUGCUGUAUGGGGAAGAGCAUGGCAGGGUGAGCCACUCACCUUCCUCUGUCAACUCCUCCUCUUCCUCCUCUCAUAUGGCCCCAGAUCUGGAGCGCGCCCGGCCACAGACAAGCGGAGAGGAGGAACUCCAGCUGCAGCUGGCCUUGGCCAUGAGCCGAGAGGAGAGCGAGAAGCCCGUUCCUGCUGUGGAUAUUGAUGAACAGACGCAGCUUCAGAUCGCAAUGAGUCUCAGUGAGGAGGAGGCACACAAGCCAGCUCCUCCUCCUGCUGCUGUUCUGGACAUGGAUGAAGAGGCACAGCUUCAGCUGGCCCUCACUAUCAGUAAAGAGGAACAUCAGCAGGAGGAGCAAAGUCGGCAGGGAGACGAGUCGUUGCUCCAGAAAGCACUUGAGGAGAGCAAACGAGAAUUGGAGGCCAAAGGAGGAAGAUCUGCCAUGCUGGAUCUUGCAGAUAUUUUUGCUCCAGCUCCUGAUGUGCCCUCUGCUGCCAGUUCUUGGGAUUCAUCUGGAGGCCAUAGUGGCUUAGCCCAGGCUGGUCCUUUGAGGUCUGACCCCUGGGAUAGUCUAGAGCCCAGCUCUUUAAGCCGUCAACAUGGAAGCUCAUGGAUGGCGUCUCCUGCAUCAAGUGUUCGUUCCCAGCCUUGGGCGCAGCGACAGCCACAUCCUGACCCAUGGGAUGCCCCUCAGAAUGCCCCAAGCCCUGUGUCCAUGAAUCAGACCUGGAUCUCCCCUGCACGUGGAACUGGAGUGGAUCCCUUUUCACCCCUAGAAGUAGACAAACAAGGAUCUAUUGGCCCUCUCAAAACUCCAUCCCCUCGGGCAGGAAGUCCCUCAGAUGACGAUCUUUUUGAUGAAGCUAUGGAUGGAGGUCAGGCAAAUAUAAAUGGCCAUAGUAGUCCUGAGCCUUUCGAUAUGUCUUCCCUUGGCGAAGGUCUACCAAAAACAGCUCCUCGAACCUGCAGUACUCCAGAGGCAUUUCUGGGUCCCACCGGAGCAUCACUCGUCAACCUGAAUUCUUUGAUACCCUCCAACCCUCCUUCCAAGAACUUCAACCCGUUUUUAUCAGGAAUAGCUGCUCCAUCGGCCUCUAAUCCAUUCCAACAUGAGCCGCCCCGUCUCACACUUAAUCAAAUGCACCCCAGCUCCACAUCUCCUGUACCCACAUCCCUCCCAUUUAAUGCCUCUCUGCCCAUGGCUGCCAGCAACCAGCCCAGCUCCCUGCCUACUACCUUCACACAGUCUGCGCAGGUCCCGCCGCUGAUCCCUGGAAACUUGCCGCAACCGCUGCUACCCCUGUCAACGACAUCCACGCUUGGAGAUCCAGACCAACACAAUCAGAACCCGUUCCUAUGAGCAGAUCCAAACAAGCUUUUGAAAUGACAAUUUAACCACUGACUUGACUUAAAACUGGAACACACUUUUUUUUAUUGUUUUUUCUCCUUUCACAGCUUCCUGAUUUUGCUCUAUGGAGUCACUCUUAAGAGGCGUUCACACAUACAGUGACAAAAAACAUUCAUUUUCAACAAUGGUGACCAAUGUUGAAGCAAUGUGGCGUAUCCAGUGAUGUGACAAAGUUGAGAAAAGUUCAAUAUUAUACAAAUGAGCAGUUAUGUAAUGUGGAGACCAAUAGACACUGGUGCACAUGUGAUCCAUCUCCUGAGAUACUGUAGAUGAGUUUCAGCAAAAUGGACAAGUUUGUUAAGGUCCAGACCCACCAAACCAACAUCAAAGAAAUAGCACUGGCGAAAACCAACUGUGGUGUCACCUAGCGUCGCCUGCGUCUGGACCAAAAAUUUGUGCUUGAACACAUUACUAAGUAUCUCCAUACCAGCAGGUGGCAGUAGUCUGUAUUCAUCAUUAAAAAAUGGAAACUUGUAUCUGUCUCUGUGCACACACAGGGUUAAAAUUAAAAACUAAGUAGAAAACUAUUUACCGACACUACACCCCAUUUGUAAUCAGAUUUUUUAAAAAUGUGGCCAGUUGUGCAGCGCACCAAUAACAUUAGGGCAUUUAGCAAUAAGAGCAUCCACAAUGACCACCAAUACAGCCACUCAACGACCUCCAGUCAUAAAAUCACUGUAUGUGUGAACGCCCUUGAACUAUAAUCAUAUGUGUGAAUGUCAACCAUGCAUUACAUGGCGAUACAAAUCGAUGCUGGCUUUAUAAGAAAAUGACAAAUAAAUGGCACAAUUUAAAGGUUAAGAAUAUUUAAUUCGACUCCCACAGCAUCAGUGUCACCUUUAAGUAUUAUAAUAGUUUUUGGAAAGGAUAACGCACUUGUUACCAAGCACAAGUCCAAAGCCUCUCAUACAUUUUUAUCAUAUUCUCUGAUUUCCUGCACCAAUUUCUAGCUCUGCUUUAGUGUCCCUUUCUUGGUCUGGAGUAUCUGAUGACUUUCAAUGCUGUCCUUUUAUUUCCUUGACAUGACUGGUAUCUGUGAACAGCCGAUCGCAUCCUGAUGGGUCACUCACACCAGUAUGACAGAUAAAAGCGACUAAGAUUUUUGGGGCCAAUAAUUUAAGCAGCAAAAUGUAAAUUAUAAAUAAUAAUUUUGUAAUAUUGGGCAUUGACUGUUGAAUGAAUAGACCUCCAGCAAGAGAAUGUACUUACAGUGGUGUUCAGAUUGAAUUGAUGCCACAUACUAACAGAAUGUAAGAAUGUGAGACUGUUGCACAUGUUGCUCAUCAAAUACAAGGAUGAAGAUUAAACUGAAUGACACGUCUG